AUUGGUAGAUGUGGGCACCGAAUGGCGAUCAUUUAGCAACGAGAAUUCCAGUGCAGAUCCAUCACGUGUUGGUGCACCGGAAAAUCCGUUUCUUGGUGGUGCUGAUCUGACCACUUCCAUUGCUGUUGGCCAUGGUAACAGUUCGACAACUGGCCACAGUUUGGCCAAUACACAGCGUAAAAAUAUGAGCACGGAGGAUCGUCAGAUGUCGCAGGGUCUUGGCGUGAUCCGCGAAAUGAGUGCACGCAUUCACCUUCCAAAGUCUAUCGAAUCACGUUUCUGUGGUAAUUUGGGAUUGCACCAUAACAUCCAGGCUGCAGCUACACGAAUUGCAAAGAAAGCCGUGGAACUGGAUUUAGAUGGUGCGGCAAAGAUUUUCAAGGACGUUCUAGACAGUAAAGCGCUGCGCGGGAAAAACAAUGAGGCCCAGGCAGCAGCCUGUUUGUACAUAGCUUGUAGAAAAGAAGGUGUUCCACGUACCUUCAAAGAAAUAUGCGCUGCCUCUCGCGUUUCUAAGAAAGAAAUAGGAAGAUGCUUCAAGCUAAUUAUAAAAUCGCUGGAGACAAGCCUUGAACAGAUCACCAGCGCUGAUUUCAUGUCACGUUUCUGUGGUAAUUUGGGAUUGCACCACAACAUCCAGGCUGCAGCUACACGAAUUGCAAAGAAAGCCGUGGAACUGGAUUUAGUUGCCGGGUAA